ACCAGCAUCAUGGUCCGAUCCCUCAGCUCACGAAGCUCAAUGGAGAGCAAAGAAUCCGAACUCGCAGCAUCUUCCAUAUCAGACGCGGAUCACGAUCUAGAGAAGCAACGGCCUUCUUCCACGACAUCAGACACCAUCUGCGAGAACUUUGGCUCUCCUGUCGAACUCACGACCUCGCACCUCUCUCAAUCCGCCCACCCAUCGAUACCGAAUGGCGGUCUCAAAGCGUGGCUUCAAGUACUCUCUGCCUUCUUCCUCUUUUUCAACUCCUGGGGCUUCAUCAACGCGCACGGAACGUUCCAGAGCCGUUAUCGGACAGUACUUCUUCCAGAAUAUUCACCCACUACUCUGUCUUGGAUCGGCUCCCUUUCGGCCUUCCUCCUCUGUCUUACGACAGUAUUCAUUGGGCCACUGAUCGAUCAUGGACAUGCACGAGUUACAGUGUUCGCAGGAGCUUCUCUCGUUCUAGCAGGUCUCCUCGCUACUUCAGCUUGUACAAUGUACUGGCACCUCGUCCUCGCCCAAGGCGUAUGCAUGGGCAUCGGACAAGGCUGUCUGUUCGUCUCCGCCAUCUCCGUCCUCCCUCGCUGGUUCUCUACCCGACGAAGUUUUGCUCUCGGUCUGGCGGCUGCGGGAAGCAGUCUCGGUGGGGUGGCAUACUCCUUCAUUUUCCACGAACUCAUCAGCCACAUCUCCUUCGCCAUCACCCUUCGCCUCCUCGCUGCCAUCUCUCUCCCCACGCUCCUCGUUCCGUGCAUCCUCCUCGACCCGGACCCAAACGCGGCUGCUCCAUUCGCGAACUCGAAGUCAAGGGUCUCUUUCUUCCCCUCCCUGAAACCCUUCCUCUCCCUCCCAUUCACCCUCCUCGCCUUGGCCUCCUUCAUGGGCAGUCUCGCCCUCUACAUCCCCUUCAUCUACCUCCCGGCCUUCGCCAUGACGUCCACCACUUUCCCAGCAACACAAAUCUACCUCCUCAUUCCGAUCCUCUCUCUCGCCUCGAUACUCGGACGCAUCAUACCAGGUCUCCUUGCCGAUCGUUUAGGCGCUCUGAACGUGCUUGCGGCAUUCACCGUCUUGGCUGGGAUGGUGUGA